AUGACAUCAUCAAUGCUCUGAGUUUUAAAUUAUUCUAUACAAAGGGAUUCAUAUUGUAUAGAAAAAAUUCUGGAGGCUAAAUACGCACCUAUUAUAAUUAAUUAUUGCGAUUCUCAUUAUUAUUCUAUUGCUCUUCCUUCACUAAAACCCCUUGGAAAUAUUUCUAGCAGAAAUAUAGCCCAUGAACUUUUAUGUUUAAGUAGCUUGGUUUGACUGAUGUCCCAUCAGAAUAAAUCAAGGGAAUCAAAAUAUAUAUAA